UCACUGGUCUAGACUUUUCUAAGUCAUACUGUGUGUGUGUGUGUUCCUCACCUUCCACACACUGGUUGGUUUCUCUCACUCUCAUCCAGCUCGGGCCCUGAGAGCCUGAAAGUUCUGAGAUGUCUGAUGCUAUUCUUGGGAUCUGCUGUAACCACUCCUCCAGUUUGUUUGUCAAUUUACAGUCCCGAGAGCUCCAGUCACCAUGGGUACCACUGAUGCCUUCACCUUCCAGGACUUCUCCAACUCUUCGUUGAGCCCUUGGACCAGGAGAGAAGAGGAGACCAGGUUGAUGGAGCAGGAGUCAGUUCAAACCAAAAGAAGGGUGUGCAAAUCACUGGGAGAGUUGUGAAUGAUGAGCACAGGGCAGUUGAAACACCUGGGAUAGAGGAUGCUAGAGACACCAACACCAAAAACUUCCCAAAACAAACAAUGGAGGAACUCAAGUCCAUUCUUCGGGACAGUGCUGUGCGGGACAGAGAGGAGGGCAAAGCCAGAGGGGCGUACACUUACCUCCACAGUGGUAACGAACAUGAACGCAGCCUGUUCAGUGAUAACAGAAACAACCCUCAGGGGGAGUUCAGCACCUUCAGACCCCAGCAGGAGGCUUCCAGAAGAGGGGGGCGUGACAGAGACAGUGCCCCCAUAGAAGUACUGCCCCAGUCCAGGGUAGAUCCAUCCAGCGCAUUCAGGCCAGAGCUCCACUCAGACAGAGGAAGAGCAGAGCAGGCACAACACAGCAGAACAUGCCACAGAGAGCAUCGUCAACACACAGAUCCCAGACUAAUAAACUCAGAGACGGUUGGAGACCAGCGCUUCAUCUCAUCGAUGGAGAAGAUAAAGCAGCAGAUUGCACGAGAAAACAUCACCUUUGUCCGCUUUGAGGCCACAGACCUCCAUGGAGUGUCCCGUUCUAAAACGGUCCCUGUGCGCUUCUUUCACGAGAAAGCAGUGUAUGGAGUCCCAAUGCCAAGGAGCUACCUGGAGCUGACCCUGAGCCCAAAGAGCAACGAAGUUGACCAUGGCACAACCGCUAACUUCAGCAGCGAUGUUCUGCUUAUACCGGACCUCUCCACAUUUAGGGCGGUACCAUGGACCGAACAAACUGCCCGCGUCAUCUGUGACCCCUGCACUGUGUCAGGAAACCCCCUACGUACCUCGCCACGCCUCAUCGCUAAACAACUCCUGGGACAGCUCCAAAGCAUGGGAUUUUCUCUGCACUCCUCCUUCACCUACGAAUGCUGCGUUUUGGGCACUCCUGAUCGCAUUGGUCCAAAAACGUUACUAUUUCCCGCUACUACUCUCCUUAGCAAUCAUGACUUACCAUUUUUCCAGCAACUAGUGGAUAGUAUGUACUGCAUGGGAGCUGAUAUUGAUAGCAUGGCGUCUGCUAGCGGACCAGGGCAAAUGGAGAUCAAUUUGAGACCAGAAUUUGGGAUUUCCGCAGCAGAUAGCGCAUUUACAUUUCGCACCGGUAUCAAAGAAAUGGCUCGUAAACAUAGCUAUAUUGCUAGCUUCUUCACUGAUGAUGGGUUGUACAAUGCUGGGGUGCUUUCUCACAGCUUGUGGGAUGCUAACGGGCAACGUAGCCUCUUUCACAUUGGGGACAAGCCGGAGGAACUAUCCGAAAUCGGUCGCAAAUGGUUAGCUGGUUUGCUAAUUCACUCCGCAGCAUUGAGUUGUCUUAUGUCCCCCGGUCUUGGUUGCAGAAGUCACAUGGCAAAAACUACCAAAGAUCCCAAACGCAUGCUAUACGCUACAUGUGGGUGCAAUGAUAACAGUACUUCCUUCAAUAUUAAAAGUCACGGAGGAAGAGAAACGCACAUCGACAACAAACUAGGUUCAGCUAUGGCUAACCCGUACAUUGUGCUAGCUGCUACUGUUGCCGCAGGAUUGGAUGGAAUAAGGAGGAAUCUAAACUUGGAGAAUGGACUGGUCAAGGCUCCAGGGCAGCAAAAAGAGUUUGCGAUUCCCAUAAAACUGGAUGAAGCAUUGGAAGCUUUGGCUGAAGACCAUGUGAUCUGCAGUGCACUGGGAGAGCCGUUUGUUCAGUACUUCAUUGCCAUGAAGAAAUUUGAGAUAGAGACCCAAGAACUUGACGAUGAAAGGAACAAAUGUCUUGAGUACUUUAUUUAAAUCUGUUAGCAACUGAGUGGACAAUAUUUACUCAAUAUUGUGAUCAUUUAAUUAUUAAAAGGCUUUGUACCUAAUUUUGUAUCAUGACAGAGCAACGUGAUCCCAUUUGAACUUUUAGCCCAUUUAAUAUCUUCUCAGUUUUACCGGCAUUAAACUUUUCUCAAAACCUCUUCUCAACUUGACUUUGAAUGAUGACAGAAGAUCCAUCCCCCCAUAUCUGCAUCAUAUUUCUUUGCUUUUGCGGUUUGUGUGUGUGUUUACAUAUUUUAUGGAAUUUUAAUGUUAUACUUAUUUUUCAUAUGUUUUAAUUAUUUGAACAUUUGUGAUAAAGAGCUGAAUGUGAAUUUCUCCCUUGGCCACAAGAAUGAAGCACAUGGACUGGAGGACUUUAAGAGUUCAAUUAUAUUGUUUUACAUUCUAUACAUUUAAAAACAUUAGUUUUGUGACAUUUGAGGUGUUUAAAUAAAGACAGGAUUUUUGCUGAA